GGAUUAGCAAUAUUAAAACAAGAUAAAAAGUUCUCUAAAGUAUUCCAAGAACUAAAUCAUAAUUUUAUAUAUGCUGAACUUUUUGCUUUAAGGUCUAUUAAUUUACCAACAGCAAGAUACUUAUUAGCUAAAUACUUUCCUGAAAUUCUUUGUAGUCUUGUUUCUAGUACAGAAGCUUCACUUGAGAUUAUUUCUGCAAAAAGUACUAUAGCUAAUAGGAAAAUAGUUUCUAAUACUAUUAAAGCAGUUAAAGAAAAUAUUAAAGGUUCUGAUACAGAAUUAAUAGCCAAUAUACCUGAUAUCAUCUCAGAUAAUACUGAAAGAAUAUAUGCUUCAGGAGAUAUUGAAGAUAAGAAUAAUAAUCAGAACUAA